AUGGAUGCAAAUAACCCAAAGAAACUGUUGGAUCUUGCUGUACAGAGUCUGCUGAGCCAUGAGUCUGCAGCACUCCAAGCUCUGGAGGAUAUUCCAAGAGAUCUUUUUAUUCCACUGUUCAUUGCUGCCUUCGAUGGUGGGCAUAAGGAUAUCUUGAGUGAGAUUGUGAAAGUUUGGCCCUUUUACUGUCUCCUCUUUGGGCCAUUAAUUGUACAGGAGCCUCAACAUGAACUACUGAAAGCCAUGAUUGAGAAUUUUCCUGUAUGUCCUCCAAAGAACUCUGCUUCUCGGACACCUAAACUGAGGAUCUUAGAUUUAAGGCAAGACACCGACUGUAGGACCACAUGCCCUGAAAUCAGCAUCAAAUCACCUUUCUGUUUUUAUUCCUGUACUUAUUCUGAUCACUCUAUUGCAAAAAUAGAAGAACAGAUUUGUUUUGAAAAUUCAGGAUCCAUGAUUCAGUCACCUAGGCCUGUAGAAUUAUUAGUGGAUCUUUCCCUCGAUGGCUCCUUAAUGGAGAAGGAAUUUUUGAUUUUGCUCAUGAAUAAAAUUAAGGAGAGUUCAGGGUCUUUGCACAUAUGCUGUCGAGAUUUGCAAGUUGAUAAAUUGUGUGGCUGUAAAUGCACCCUGAACUUUCUUGAUCUCAAAUGUGUUGAUCAGUUUUCAGUUGAUAGGGGUUCGCUGAGUGAUAUUACCAGCGUCCUGUCUCGGAUGGCCCACUUAGAGAGCCUUAGUCUGUUUAAAGUCACUUUUAGAUCUCUGAGUGGGAAAGUCUUUAAAAAAUUCCUUGGUCACUUACGGCGUAUGGAAAGCCUUAAGGAACUCAACUUGUCUUCAUUCUAUCUGAAAAACAAUCUGGACAGAGUGCUCAGAGUCCUGCCACCUGUUUUGGAUUUCUUGUAUCUGCCAUUCUGUGAUCUUUCAUACCGAGACUUCAGAUUUCUGGCCCAGUGUCCUCAGGCCUCCCGCCUAAAGCUGUUGAAUCUCAGUAACAAUGCAAUGUAUUGGGAUGAUUUUGAGCCCUUUAAUGCUCUUCUGGGGAAUCUCUCUGAUACUCUUCAGCAUCUAGAGAUAAAUCAUUGCCUUAUAGGUGAUUCUGCAAUGUCAUCUCUUAUCCCUGCCCUAAUUCGGUGUACUCAUCUCCGUGUCCUGGGCUUUGCUUCUAACCCCAUCACAAUGCCUGUGCUUGCGAAUGUAAUGAAUAGUUUAACAACCUUGAAGAAACUAAAAAUUGUGAUUUAUCCUAUCCCUGUACAUUGCUAUGAACGAUGGCAUUUUCAGGGCAGUUUAGACCGAAGGAAGCUUGCUAUUGUACAACUACAACUGAAGGCAAUGCUACAGAUUGCAGAAAGGAAUGACAUGAACUGGAUCACUUACACAGAGUAA